AUGAGCAGCUCUGCUAUCCAGCUGCGCAUUAGCGUUCUCCAAUUAAACUCAGCCAUCCCGGAGCAGAACGAAAGGCCUAAACCCUCUGAAUCGCUGAAACCCUCUGACUGCGGGAAGAGCUCUCCCAUCCGCAUUCAGAAUGAUUCAUCAACCCAGUUACCACGAGUUCCAGCGUCUGACAAAUGGGACAAAUGGGAGAAGCCGCUGCCGCAGGGUCCCCCAGGUGGUGUUAUCGGGAUCCUUGGAGGUGUUGUUGCCAUCGGACUCAUCAUUGGCGUGGCUGUUACUGUUUUCAUGGUCCAUCGGCGGCAGCAGAAGACCCGCACUGAGACAGAUAAUGACCUGACCGACCUCCCACCCGCCCACAAACCGGCCCCUCCCCCGCCGAAAAAGAAGAACAGUGACAUGAAGGGACACUUGACAUCUGAUGACAUCCAGGUGGUUCAUCUCGACAAGGAGGAGGAAAUGCAGAAGCUUCCUCUUCAGCCUCCUUAUUACGACAUGGCGCCCUCUGAGUCGACCCCCUUCACUGAUAAGCCGAACUCUGGCCACAAGGACUGUGAUGUCCAGUAUGCGGAGCUGGAUACUGCAGCUUUGGCCUCUUCUCCCAGCCCACGAAGCUCUGCUCACACUGGCCCUGGGGACCUUGUCGAGUAUGCAACCAUCCAGCCUAGCUCACACUAGCGCAUGCCAUUAUAGGCCUUUCCCCCUCAGACUUUGGC